AGAGAGCUCGAGCUGUUUGAGGAAGAGAGAGUCCUGUGGCGGGAAGCGCGCGCACACGCUGUGAGUGAUGGCCGCGCGCGGAGGGAGAGCUCUGCUGCUGCUGCUGCAGCUCGCGCGCGGAGGAAAGGCGCGUUUGUGUCGCGAGCUCCGCCCGGUACCGGCACUGCUCUGCCGCGCGAGGUCUCUCUCCACUGCGACUCCGAGCGCGCGCCUGGCCGGUAAGACGCACGCUGAGCUGCGCGAGCUCUCAGCCCGGGAACCGGAGCGCUUCUGGGAGCGUGCUGCGCGCGAGAGGAUCCUAUGGAGCCGCGGCUUCGAGCGCGUGCAGGACUGCGAUCUGGAGCGCGGGAAGAUCGGCUGGUUCCUCGGGGGACAACUCAACGUUUCCGUAAACUGUCUGGAUGUACACGUGGUUAAAGAUCCGAAUCGAGUGGCUCUGAUCUGGGAGAAAGAUGAACCAGGGAUGGAGGAGCGAAUCACAUACAGAGAGCUGCUGGAGGCGACCUGCCGGUUAGCCAACACUCUAAAGAGCCAUGGCGUGAGGAAAGGAGACCGCGUUGCCAUCUACAUGCCUGUGAGUCCCAUAGCGGUGGCGGCCAUGUUGGCGUGUGCGAGGAUCGGAGCCAUUCACACUGUAGUGUUCGCUGGGUUCAGCUCUGACGCUCUGGCAGGCAGGAUUCAGGAUGCUGAGUGUAAGGUGGUGAUCACGUGUAAUCAGGGUGUGCGAGGUGGACGUACGAUCAAUCUGAAGGUGAUGGUGGACAUGGCAGUGAAGGCCUGUCCCUCAGUGAAGAGCGUCCUCGUGGCCCACAGAACCGACCAUGGCGUGCCGAUGGGGGAACUGGACACGCCCCUGGAGGAGGCGAUGGCGAAGGAAUCGUGUGUGUGUCCUCCGGAGCCCAUGGACAGUGAGGACAUGUUGUUUCUGCUCUACACGUCGGGCAGCACGGGGAAACCUAAAGGCAUCGUACACACUCAGGCCGGAUACCUGCUGUACACAGGCCUCACACUCCAGUAUGUGUUUGAUCACUGCCCCGGUGAUGUGUUCGGCUGUGUUGCUGAUAUUGGCUGGAUCACCGGUCACAGCUACGUGGUGUACGGACCGCUCGCUAACGGAGGAACUACCGUGCUGUUUGAGAGCACACCUGUAUAUCCAGAUCCAGGUCGGUACUGGGAGACAGUAGAACGGUUGAAGAUUAAUCAGUUUUAUGCUGCUCCUACGGCUCUCAGGCUGCUGCUGAAAUACGAGGAGAGCUGGGUGAAGAAGUACGACCGCUCAUCGCUCAGAACCCUCGGCUCAGUUGGAGAACCCAUCAAUCAUGAGGCGUGGGAUUGGUUCUACAACGUGGUGGGAGAAAAACGAUGCCCUCUAGUGGAUACGUGGUGGCAGACAGAGACGGGCGGAGUGUGUAUCGCACCGUGGCCUGCCGAACCCGGCGCUGAAAUACGACCUGCCAUGGCCAUGAGGCCUUUCUACGGCAUUCAACCUGCAUUAAUGGAUGAAAAGGGCCAGGUCAUGACAGGAAAUGAUGUCAGUGGUGCUCUGUGUAUCAGCCAACCCUGGCCCGGAAUGGCCAGAAGCAUUUUUGGAGAUCAUCAGAGAUUUGUGGAUGCGUACUUUAAACCCUAUCCUGGUUAUUAUUUUACGGGCGACGGAGCAUACCGGACAGCAGACGGAUAUUACCAGAUCACUGGACGGAUGGAUGAUGUCAUCAAUAUCAGUGGGCACCGUCUGGGCACAGCAGAGAUCGAGGACACCCUGGACGAGCACCCGGAUAUUCCCGAGAGUGCCGUCGUCGGAAUUUCUCAUGAAGUUAAAGGAGAAGUUCCGUUUGCAUUUGUGGUUAUGAAGGAGAACAUGUUGGAGAACCAGGAGUUCGUGGUGAAGGAACUGAGAGAGCUGGUGGCCACCAGGAUCGCCAAAUACGCCAUACCUGACCACUUCCUGGUGGUGAAACGUCUCCCGAAGACUCGCUCGGGAAAGAUCAUGAGAAGAAUUCUCCGGAACAUAGUCAUGGGGCAGGUGGACAGUCUCGGGGACGUCUCCACGCUGGACGACCCCUCUGUUGUGGCCGAGAUCAUCGAGGCUCAUCGGCAAUAUAGGAAUCGAGCAGCAAGGGCGUGACAUCGCAGCAUGCAAGGGGCAGGGCAGGGGAAUGACAGGAAGUACAUCUAAGAGACAGGAAGUAAGGGAGUGGGUACAGAUAAAGACAUGAUUGGUUGGGCUUAUGAUUGUAAUGACAUGUUAAUAACCUGUAUGAUACGAUUCUGUCAUUCUUCAUGGAGAUGGGUUGUGUCCAGCAUUAAGUCCUGACACACACACACAUACACACACACACACCGCCUCAGCCCUCUGUGUGACGAAUGACGGAAUCGUGUGUGAAAUAUAAAUACGCAUGUCACAGCGAUAUUUCAGAACCCACAUUACUGAUAGUUUAGACGAGUUCCACUACCUCAGAGUGGGGUUUAGGACGCUGCCCAGUUCAGGACACUGUUUAUUUUCGAUCAGUGUGAGAGCGUUGUGUCGUCCUCUGAGUAAGCUGAGGAAUAAAUCCUGUGAUAACGACAUAAACUGUGAUAAAAUAUUUACAGUAAUGACUCUGAUAUCAAAAUAUACAAAAAUAUCAGUGCACAUGAGGUCGUGACCACAGCCACGCCCACAACCACACCCACACCAACUCAAGUUGUAAGUGUGAGAUACCGAGGUGACUCGGGUGUGUCGUCAGGUCAAACACAACCAUGAGAACUCUGUUUAAAACUCAUCAUAACUGUGAUUCAAAUUCUACAUGUCAUAUAACCUUCAUAAAUACCGAAUAUCAAUAUUCGUCAAAAAUAUGAUUUUAAACAUUUAUAAAACAUGAUGGAGUGCUUCAAGUAAACUGACUGAUAUAUAUUUUUAUUUAAAAUGUAUUCCUCGUUACAAAGUGUUCAUUAAUUUAUGAACACACUUUAUAAAGCCUCAUAAAGUCCAGGAUUGUAACAGAGAAGGAGAAAUCCAAAGCAUCUUUCGUAUUUUUAAACAAUUAUGAACAAAACAUGAUCUGUUUUAUUAUUACAUGAACACGAACGUCAGCGAAAGAGGAAUAAAAUAAGGAAUUAAAUAAGGAGAAGGAAUCCGUUGAGAUAAAAAUCGCUCCCACACGGUUACAGCGUCGAUCAGCAGCACUGCAGGACUUUACUCUUCAUUACAGGUUUGUGAGACGUUAUUAGAGUUCAUUAGAACUUUCUGAAUUAUUAAUGACUACAUAGAAAUAAAUGAUGACAGUUACAAUGUGAAUGACUUUAAAUAAGCAUUAAUAAGAUAAACAGCAUUAAUAAAAUAAAACUGAUUAAUAACUCACCGAUAUCAUGUUAUUAUUGUGAUAUAUUAAUCACUCACUGAUCAUAUUUCAGCCCCAAUCACUGUGAAGAUGGAAAUGUGUCUGACAGGAAGUGUUUCUGAUCAAUCAGUUAUUCAAAAAUGAUUUGUUUAUUUUCUCAGAAGUGAAUUCUCAAUGAGGGUUUCACCUCUGACCCCAGAACCCUGAGGUCAAAGGUCAAUAAGAGGAGCAGAGAGAGUGGCUCAUGGAACUGAGUCGUGAAAUUAAAGACUCGCUUCACCUCCUCUCUCUCUCUCUCUCUCUCUCUCUCUCUCUCUCUGUAUCAAAUGUAUAUUUUAAAGGCUGUGAUCUGUGAUGAUGUGAUGUGUGUGAGAAAUGGGAGACGGGCUUAGAAUAUGAACUUUAACCCUUUUUUUACAGUCUGGAACUGUGCUUAGAAUUUUCAAAUAAAAUUAAUCUGAUUAA